AUGGCGCAACAGGACUGGCAGAGGCAGCAUGCUCAGCGUCACGGAGCCAUGUCUCCACCGCAGGGCGUUGUCAGUCCGCCGCCAGGAAAUAGAGGACAGCCACAGCAACGGCAAGCUACUCCGUCACUCGCGCCCGGCCAGCAGGCCUUUCGACCUCCCAGCCAGAAUCAGCAACGGCCCAUGCAGGCUCAGCAACGACCUGGCAUGCCCAUGCAGCCAUCACAGAGUGCCACGGGGACACAGCAACAGCCUCCACGUCCUCCACAGGGUGUACCUCAGUCGAACGGUAUGAACGCAAGGCAACCUAGCUACCCGGCUCAGCCAGGUCAGAACGCUUUCCUCGGCGCGCCCCAGCAUGUACAAGCACGCUCUCCGUCGCCUGUGCAGCAGCCGCUGUAUGGCGCCAACGUGGUCAAUCAGCAGCUUUCAAACGCAAUGGCACAAACGAGCAUAGCUUCGACUUCUGAACCUCAACAAUAUCCGGCGAAUGAUAUGUUGGCUGGACCUGCGCGCACUAAACGAUCUCAGAGAGCCUAUCAUGUCCAAGAGGAUCAAGCCGAGCCGCAACAACAAUACGGUCAGCAAGCUUUUGAGCAACAACUGAGACAACAGCAGAUGCAGCAACAGCAGCAGCAAUAUCAACAGCAGCAAUUCCAGCAACAGCCCGUCCAUCAACCGCCUGUCGCAAAUCAGUCCAUGCAGCACCCUUACGCGAACGCUCCGCCGCCCGGGCCGCAACCGACCGGCAUGGCGAUGCAGCAUGAAGAGCCGGUGUACCAGCAGCAGGAAGAUCCGCUGCAGCCCCAGAUACCUCAGCCGCCGCAUUCCGCAGGCCAGAGAUUGAACGGUCCGAGAACGCGGAUCGAUCCAAAUUCGAUACCGUCGCCCGUAGCGGUACAAGCGGCAGAUCAGCGCUUGUUCGAACAGGAGCCUUUCUUGACUGCCGGCAGGGGAGCUGUCCCUCUCUCCAGCACAGAUUUCCUCGCGAUCGAUCAAGGGAACUGCAAUCCUCGUUUCCUGCGCCUGACGACCUACUCAAUUCCGAGCUCGGACGACAUUGCUCAAUCAGCUCAGAUGCCAUUAGCUAUGGUCUUGCAGCCCUUUGCGCGCUUGAAGGUGGAAGAAGGCGAGGUUCCCCUCGUCGAUUUUGGCGAAGUAGGGCCUCCGAGAUGUAGUGGCUGCCGCGGAUACAUCAACCCGUGGUGUGUCUUCAUCGAAGGCGGCGGGAAGUACAUCUGCAACCUCUGCGGCGCUCCCACCGUUGUGCCGCCCGAAUACUUUGCUCAUCUUGACAUGUCUGGACGGAGGGUCGAUCAAGACGAGAGAGCAGAGCUAGCAAGAGGGUCAAUCGACUUUGUAGCACCAAGAGAAUACUGGGUACAGAAUGGUGCGCCAAGCGAAGAUCUGCCGCCACGACAACCAGAACCGAUUCGUAUGAUCUUUGCCAUCGACGUCAGCUGGAAUGCGAUGAAGACAGGAAUGGUCAGAGAAGUAGCUGAAGCAUUGAAGAUGAUGUUUUACGGGCGAGCCGCUGAGGAUGGAGAGGUCACGGCUGAUCAACAACAAGCAGCUGCGCAGACGAGUCUAGCGCCAGGCACAAGGAUAGCCAUCAUGACUUUCGACAGAGCAGUACAAUUCUACAACUUGUUGGAAGGACUGGAACAACCUCAGAUGCUCGUCGUGCCGGACAUCGAUGACAUCUUUAUGCCGCUCAACCAAGGCUUCUUUGUCGAUCCGGAAGCAUCACGUCCUGCCAUCACGGCCCUGCUCGACAGUUUACCGGAUCUAUUCGCACAGACCGCAACAGUAGAGGCAGCGAUAGGAGCACCUAUACAAGCAAGCUUGCAUGCCUUGAAGAGCUUUGGCGGUCAAGUCACCCUCUUCCAAACUAUCUUGCCGACAGUCGGACCCGGCGCUCUCAAGACGAGAGAAGAUCAGAAGCUCUACGGAACAGACAAAGAGAAGGCGCUCUUCUCGCCUCAGGAUCCUUGGUAUCGCCAGAUCGGCGAAGAAUGCGCAGAUUGCGGAAUCGGCAUCAACCUCUUCUUGUUUCCUAGUCAGUACAUCGAUGUGGCUACGCUCAGCGUACUGCCGGGCUUGACGGGCGGUGAUCUGCAAUUCUUCACUCGAUUUGAUCCUGUCAGAGAUGGUCCAAGAUUACGCGCGCAGGUUCUGCGCAUAGCUCAACGCGAGACAGGCUAUUCGGUAACCAUGCGCAUACGUUGCUCAAAUGGUCUGCGCGUAGCAAACCAUCAUGGCAAUUUCUUCCAGCGCAACGUGACCGAUCUCGAAUUUGGCUGCUUGGACGCAGACAAGACCAUUUCUGCGCUCAUACAGCACGAAGGUGGUCGACUAGACGAGUCAAAGGACGCCCAUUUCCAGUGUGCCGUGCUCUACACCUCUGCGACCGGUCAAAGACGCGUCAGAUGUCACAAUCUGUCUGUACCUAUCACGAGCCUGCUCGCAAACGUCUUCCGCUAUGCCGAUGUGGACACCACGCUUGCCUAUGUCGCGAAAGAAUGCGUGUUCAAUGCGGCAACGAAAGCUUUGCGCGACAUCAGGGAACAGCUCACAGAUACUUGCGUCAAGAUCUUGCUCGCCUACAGAAAGCAUUGUGCAUCGUCCACCUCGCCUGGGCAGCUUAUCUUGCCAGAGUCGUUCAAGCUACUACCGGUCUAUACAAUGGCUCUCACAAAGAGCAAAGCCAUCAAAGGCGAGUCGGGCGCGUUCAGCAUGCUGUCUAUGCUGAAGCGAGGAGCAGUGAUUUCGGACGUGCGAGCGUACUACAUGCGGAUGCUUCGAUCGAUCGGCGUGACCAAUCUCGUCGAGCUAUUAUACCCCCGGAUGCUGUCCAUACAUGAUUUGCCAGCCGAUGCGGGCUUUCCAGACGAAUCCGGCAAGCUCGUCGUGCCGGAGCUGAUUCGAACGAGCUAUGCAAGACUGGUACCUCAUGGUGCUUACAUCAUUGAGAACGGCGAAGUCGCGAUCCUGUGGCUCGGCCACGCAGUCUCACCUCAGAUUCUGACUGAUCUGUAUGGUGUGGAGAGUCUCGAAGAUUUGGACAUCCGCAUGUCGGUCUUGCCCCGUCUGCCAACGCGACUGUCUGAGCAAGUACGGAAUCUGAUCAAGCAUGCCGAAGCCAGGAGACAAGGCAUGCAUCUGCCCGUGCUCAUCGCGCGACAAAACAUGGAUGGUCUCGAGAUGGAGUUCGGCAACAUGCUCGUCGAAGACCAGAACAACGAUGCCAUGUCAUAUGUGGACUACCUCUGCCAGGUGCACAAGAACAUCCAAGGCAUCCUUGUCGGAGCUGCCAAAGCUUCGGCGGCUAAUGACGAUUCGGCAGCCAGCUUAUGGAAGAGCUUGUACUGA